AUGUUUGCUGGACCAAUAGUCAAUGACUUCAGCUCUGUUGGGUAUUCUCUGCUUCUAAACAAAGAGAAGGCCAUCAUUGUGCAACCGGAUCGGGUGGUUAUUGGGAAUGGGCCUGCUUUUGGGUACGAGUUCCAAAUGCAAUAUGGAUCCAUUGGUUGGUCUGUGGGUGCAACUCUUGGUUAUGCACAGGCAAGUGUGACUGCUCAAGAUGUUUCAACAAUGCUACGAUGUGGACAGAGGACCAUUAUCUUCCUGAUAAACAAUGGUCCGUUGGAAGAGGAGCUCAUUGAAGCAAUUAAGACAGCAACUAAUGCCAAGAAAGAUUGCUUGUGCUUCAUCGAAGUGUUUGCUCAUAAGGAUGAUACAAGCAAAGCGUUGCUUGAAUGGGGCUCUAGGGUCUCUGCUGCUAAUAGCCGUCCACCAAACCCCCAGUAA